AUGGCCGCGGCUCGGCCCGCGCGGGGGCCGUCGCUCCAGCUCCUGGGGCUGAAGCUGCUGCUGCUGUUGCUGCUGCUUGGAGGCCCGGGCCAGGGGGCGGCUCUGAGCGGGAACGGGACCAGGCCUGGACCCUGGAGCGGGAGAACGAGUGGGGCCGAGACUCGCCCUCCCCCGCUGUUGAGCCACUGCGGCCGGGCAGCCCCUUGUGAGCCGCUGCGUUACAACGUGUGCCUGGGAUCGGCGCUUCCCUACGAGGCCACCUCCACGCUGCUGGCCGGAGACUCGGGCUCCCAGGAGGAGGCGCACAGCAAACUCGUGCUGUGGUCGGGACUUCGGAAUGCUCCCCGAUGCUGGGCAGUGAUCCAGCCCCUGCUCUGUGCUGUCUACAUGCCCAAGUGUGAGAAUGACCGGGUGGAGCUUCCUAGCCGAACCCUGUGCCAGGCCACUCGGGGACCCUGUGCCAUCGUUGAGCGUGAACGGGGCUGGCCCGACUUCCUGAAAUGCACUCCAGAUCACUUCCCAGAAGGCUGUCCAAAUGAGGUACAAAACAUCAAAUUCAACAGUUCGGGACAAUGUGAGUCACCCUUGGUACGGACAGAUAACCCGAACAGCUGGUACGAGGAUGUGGAAGGCUGUGGGAUCCAGUGCCAGAACCCGCUCUUCACCGAGGCUGAACACCAGGACAUGCACAGCUAUAUUGCUGCUUUUGGCGCCGUCACUGGCCUCUGCACCCUCUUCACCCUGGCUACAUUUGUUGCUGACUGGAAGAAUUCGAACCGCUACCCUGCUGUCAUCCUCUUUUAUGUCAAUGCUUGCUUCUUUGUGGGCAGCAUUGGCUGGCUGGCCCAGUUCAUGGAUGGUGCCCGCCGGGAAAUUGUUUGCCGAGCCGAUGGUACCAUGCGGCUGGGGGAGCCUACCUCCAACGAAACCCUGUCUUGUGUUAUCAUCUUCGUCAUCGUCUACUAUGCGCUCAUGGCAGGCGUGGUGUGGUUUGUGGUGCUCACCUAUGCUUGGCACACGUCCUUCAAGGCCCUCGGCACCACCUACCAACCCCUUUCUGGCAAGACCUCCUACUUCCACCUGCUCACCUGGUCACUGCCGUUUGUUCUCACUGUGGCCAUUCUUGCUGUGGCCCAGGUGGAUGGAGACUCAGUGAGUGGCAUCUGUUUUGUGGGCUACAAGAAUUAUCGUUACCGAGCUGGCUUCGUGUUGGCCCCUAUUGGGCUGGUGCUUAUUGUUGGGGGCUAUUUCCUCAUUCGAGGAGUUAUGACUCUCUUCUCUAUCAAAAGCAAUCACCCUGGGUUACUGAGUGAGAAAGCAGCCAGCAAGAUCAAUGAGACCAUGUUGCGUCUGGGUAUUUUUGGCUUUCUAGCCUUUGGCUUUGUGCUCAUCACCUUCAGCUGCCAUUUCUAUGACUUCUUCAACCAGGCGGAAUGGGAGCGCAGCUUCCGGGACUAUGUGCUGUGCCAAGCCAAUGUGACCAUCGGGCUACCCACCAAGAAACCCAUUAUUGAUUGUGAGAUCAAGAAUCGCCCUAGCCUUCUGGUGGAAAAGAUCAAUCUGUUUGCCAUGUUUGGCACUGGCAUUGCCAUGAGCACUUGGGUCUGGACAAAGGCUACUCUGCUCAUCUGGAGACGUACCUGGUGCAGGUUGACUGGGCAGAGCGAUGAUGAACCCAAACGAAUCAAAAAAAGCAAGAUGAUUGCCAAGGCUUUCUCUAAACGUCGAGAAUUACUACAGAAUCCAGGCCAAGAGCUCUCAUUCAGCAUGCAUACUGUGUCCCAUGAUGGCCCUGUGGCGGGUUUGGCCUUUGAUCUCAAUGAGCCCUCAGCUGAUGUCUCCUCUGCCUGGGCCCAACAUGUCACCAAAAUGGUGGCCCGAAGAGGAGCUAUCCUUCCGCAGGAUGUGUCUGUCACUCCUGUAGGGACUCCAGUGCCCCCAGAGGAACAAGCUAACAAGUGGUUGGUUGAGGCAGAGAUCUCCCCAGAGCUACAGAAACGCCUGGGGAGGAAGAAGAGGAGAAGGAAGAGGAAGAAAGAGGUGUGUCCUCUGGCAGCACCCACAGAGCUUUGCCAUCCUGUACCUGCACCUAGUGCUGUACCCCGCCUGCCUCAGCUGCCUCGGCAGAAGUGCCUGGUGGCAGGGGCCUGGGGGACUGGGGAAACCCACCGACAUGGAGCUUGGACCCUGGUCUCUAACCCUUUCUGUCCAGAGCCAAAUUCUCUCCAGGAUCCAUUUCUACCAACCCCACCAGGCCCUGCAGCCUGGGCUCAAGGUCGUCGGCCUUGUCUGGCCCCCAUUCAUUCCCGCACCAACUUGAUGGAGGCUGAGUUACUGGAUGCUGACUCUGAUUUCUGAACCUUUAAGAGCAGGACCUGGGUUGAAGGUAGUAGGGGUGGGGUGGCAAGUGGGAAGAAGUAAAUUCUGGUCCCCUGACUACCUCAGGCAAGGGCCAGGAAUAGGCAGCUUUUCUCUCUUCCCUUUUGCCUGCUCCCCAGGGCACCUCCUUUUCCCAGAGACCCCAAGGGUCCAGAACCCUCUCAAGGGAGUUAUUUAUCUCUGGCUCUUGAUAGCAAGACUGUGGGAAAGAGCCCUGGCUAGUUGGAUUUCCAUGGCACAACUGCUCUGCUUCUCAAAACUGCCCAUUCCCUAAUGGGUUUUUCAUUAGGGCAGAGAUAUGUAGCCAAAGGCCCUCAGUUCUCCCCCAGCCAAGUAGGAAUUGGGCUGAGGGCAAACAGUGCCUGAAGGAAUGAUGAUAACACAGUGCCCAAUAUGUUGGCAGUAGUGGUACUAAGCCAGGCUAAUGGUGCCCAGAGAGCUAGGCCUAAGAAGGAAACAGGACCUUUCUAAGCACUGAUGAGGGACUGUCCAGUCUCAGGCAGAGACUAAACCUACUUCUCAUCAGCUCUCAGACAGGAAGGCCAAAGCUAGGAAUGAUAGUAUUCAUGCAAUUUUAUUUGUGCCUUUUGUCUGAAAUAGGGCAGGGAAUUCCCUUCUUCCCUUUCUAGGUAUGGAAUGAGGAGGAGGGUCAAUAGCCCCACUCUUAUAAAAGCCAGAGUGUCUUUUAGGGACCCCACAGGUUCCACUGAUAACCUGUAAUUUAACCUUUUUUCCCCCUAUCUUUUCCCUACCCUUCUACUCCUACCAGGCAAAUUCAUUCUUCUCUCCUCUUUGAAUUGUGUUGUCUUUUUUCCCCCCUCCCUAUUAUAUUUGUUUAGCACUCAGAGCUGUAUUCUGAAACUCCGGGCAGUCACCUCUUCGCCCUUUGCUCGUAGGCCCCAUCUCCCGGAGAGUAGGUGGGGUACAUCAAGCUUUGAGUAUAAACAUUGAUCAAGAAAGGAAGUGGUGGGUUGUCCUUUAUGCCUUCAUGGGACAAAUGCCAUCUCCUGUCUUGGACCAUCUCCUGAGAAGUGGAGCAUUGUUCUGAGGAUCUGCUCCAGAAAGACAGACAUUGACCAUCCUAUUGACCUGAGUACGGGUGUUUAUCUCCCUACUGUUUUAAUCUAUGGUACCAUUUCUUCCCAUUCCCUUUCCACCCUCUUCCCAAAAGUCAGGCAGCAGAAUGCCUUUGAAGCUUGUUGGGUUCUAGGCCAGGGGUAUGGGGAUUUGGGUAAAGGAGUAUAAAUAGCCAAUAAAAGAUUUUGUACAAA